AUGUCUCAGCAAGCAGAACACCAAGUGCGAUUCAAUAUUCCAAUGGAUACCAAUGAUGAAUCACAAUACCAUGCCGAAUGUGGAUCGCCGAUGCGGGACACUGAUCGCAUUAAAACACCAUUCUAUUUCGGCAUUGAUCGCCCACCGACAAAACCACCUGCGGCAAAGUUCAAUUUUGGCAUGAACAUCCCCAUCCCUCCGGCACCGUCUCCAGUAGAUUCGCGACCCAGAUACAACUUUGGAAUGAACUUCAACAUUCCUCAUAUGACGCCGCCGACUGCACCCAGCCCACCAACAAAGCAGGCAUUCAAUCUUGGAUUCGAUCUCCUGGUGCAAACUCCGGAGCACAAUACAAUGCAGCCUUUGACUGGUGCCCAACCAUUCAACCUCGGCUUUAAUCUCUCUCCAACUUCAAAUGAUAGGCCAACAACUAGCCAGGGUAAUCCUGUGAAGAAGCAGUUCCACCUGGGCCCACCGGCAACCAGCUCCACCCCAUUCAACUUUGGCUUCAACUUGGGUAUGCCGACUGGUGAUAUGCCGCCAGCAGGAUCGGUCACACUGCCAGUAAGAGAUCCUUCAGUGCCUGCCGGAACAUCACAGCAUUGUUCCAGUUUGGAUGUGAGCCUCCUGAGCCUGUUGGAGACUGGCAACCUGUGCUCUUACAGGCGCCCCAAACCAACAACAAUCCAACCAGAUGAGGUUUCCUCCACCGCACCUCUUCUUCCCAACAUUGAAGGGGUGUUGCAGCUGCCAACUGUGGCAUCCUUGGUCGGCGAUGCUGAGCGCGCAGUGAUUGACAUUGUGAGAUGCCUGGGGGGAGAGGAAUAUGACAAACUAGUGCAAAUGAUGGUUGGCGCGGCAUUGGGUCCUGGAGAUGAUGUCAGGGAUCCCAAACCUGAUGAAAUCUUAGACAGCAAUCGGGUUAUGCUGUUGGCAUUUUUUGAAAGCCGAGACAGGCUCACCAGGAUCUUCAAAGACCUGAUCGGCUUGCAUCACAUUGCAGCAGUGCAUAAAUGGGUUGUGCCAGUGGUGUACAGUUUAUUGCAAGAGGUGGAACAUGCGGAGGCAAAGGCUGAUAAUUCAAACUAG